CGCUUGGCGCGCAACGACCCCAAGCCGCUGCAUCAGAGCCUAAAUCAGCCCAAGUCUGCAGCCCCAACCCAACUCGGCUGAAGUCAGCCUCGCCGGACCGGAUCCCAGAAUCUCCCCAGAAUCUUCGCUCUCUGGGCUUGCCAAAGCUCUCUGAUUCUAGCAUCCUGUUCAAUUCCUACCAGAAAUGCUGUGGCAGACACUUCGCAGAUUUGGUCACAAGCUCGUUCGGAGACGUACUUUGGAGCCAGGCAUGGCUGAGACCCGCCUUGCCAGAUGCCUGAACACUCUGGACUUAGUGGCCCUGGGUGUGGGCAGCACAUUGGGUGCAGGCGUGUAUGUCUUGGCUGGUGAGGUGGCCAAAGAUAAAGCAGGACCGGCCAUUGUGAUCUGCUUUUUGGUGGCUGCCCUGUCUUCUGUGUUGGCUGGGCUGUGCUAUGCGGAGUUUGGUGCCCGGGUCCCCCGCUCUGGUUCUGCAUAUCUCUACAGUUAUGUCACUGUGGGUGAACUCUGGGCCUUCACUACUGGCUGGAAUCUCAUCCUCUCCUAUGUCAUUGGUACAGCCAGUGUGGCCCGGGCCUGGAGCUCUGCUUUUGACAACUUAAUUGGGAACCACAUUUCUCAAGCUCUGAAGGGGACCAUCUCACUGAAUGUGCCCCAAGUCCUCGCAGAAUAUCCAGAUUUCUUUGCUAUGGGCCUUGUGUUGCUGCUCACUGGAUUGCUUGCUCUGGGGGCGAGUGAGUCAGCCAUGGUUACCAAAGUGUUCACAGGGGUGAACCUUUUGGUCCUCGGGUUUAUCAUCAUCUCUGGCUUCAUUAUGGGAGACCUACAUAACUGGAACCUCACAGAACAGGACUACAACUUGACCAUGGCUGAACUUAAUAAUACCUAUAGCUUGGAUGCUCUGGGCUCUGGAGGAUUUAUGCCUUUUGGCUUCCUGGGGAUUCUCCGUGGAGCUGCUACCUGUUUCUAUGCAUUUGUUGGUUUCGACUGUAUUGCUACCACUGGGGAAGAGGCUCAGAAUCCACAGCGUUCCAUUCCCAUGGGCAUUGUGAUCUCAUUGUCUGUCUGCUUUUUGGCAUAUUUCGGUGUGUCUUCAGCACUCACCCUCAUGAUGCCUUACUACCUGCUUCAGCCUGAGAGCCCUUUGCCCGAGGCAUUUCUUCACGUUGGCUGGGCUCCUGCCCACUACCUUGUGGCUGUUGGUUCCCUCUGUGCUCUGUCCACUAGCCUCUUGGGUUCUAUGUUUCCCAUGCCUCGGGUGAUCUAUGCCAUGGCAGAGGAUGGCCUCCUGUUCCGUGUCCUUGCCCGAGUCCACAGUGGUACACAUACACCCAUUAUAACCACUGUGGUGUCUGGUGUUAUUGCAGCAUUCAUGGCAUUCCUCUUUGAACUCACUGUUCUUGUGGACCUCAUGUCAAUUGGGACCCUGCUUGCUUAUUCCUUGGUGUCCAUUUGUGUUCUCAUCCUCAGGUAUCAGCCUGACCAGGAGAUGAAGACUGGUGAAGAGGAAGUGGAGUUGCAGGAGGAGAAGCCACUGGAAGCGGAGAAGCUGACUCUCCAUACACUGUUUUGCCCACCCAGCUCUGUCCCCACCCCCCUCUCUGGCCAAGUUGUCUAUGUUUGUUCCUCACUGCUUGCUCUACUACUGGCUGUCCUUUGCCUGGUGCUGACCCAGUGGACAAAUCCACUGCUUUCAGGAGACCCAGUGUGGGUCACAGUGGCUGUGCUGAUCCUGGUGCUCCUUCUGGGAAUCACUGGGGUUAUCUGGAGACAGCCACAGAACUGCACUCCCCUUCACUUUAAGGUGCCUGUUGUGCCUUUACUCCCACUAGUGAGCAUCUUUGUGAAUGUGUACCUGAUGAUGCAGAUGACAGCUGGUACUUGGGCUCGAUUUGGAAUCUGGAUGCUGAUUGGAUUUACAAUCUACUUUGGCUACGGGAUCCAGCACAGUGUGGAAGAAGUCAAGAGUCAUCAACCCAUACUUAAGACUAGAGCCCAAACUAUAGACAUGGAUCUCACUGGUUCCUGUGUUCACUCAUUUUGAUGUAAUCACACCUGAGUGUUGUCUGGUCCCCAUGUGCUACAAUGGGGAGUACUCUUGACCCCACGGAGAGCUGGCCCUCCCAUGUGGUGUUGGUGGGGGCUAGUCAUGAAGCUCUGUAUUUAUUGUGGAGUUAAGGAUGUGUCUUUAAUGUUUCUCAUCUAUUUUUUUUAACUUGUCUACUUUGAAAUGGUUUCUAGUUGCUUACUGGCUUUAAAAAAAUGUUAUUAAAAGAGAAAACCUG